GGAGAACGAACACCGGAGGAAGGAGUGGGGUGUCACUGCUAACUUCGCGAGCUAACUUCGCGAGCUAACUUCGCUAACUAACGGCUGGCUAACUCAAGAGUCUGAAAGUUACGAGUCGACGAAGAAAGUCGCCGAGAAGACGGCAACGAAGAUGAAAACCCCGGGAGACUCGGGGUUUGCCUUCCCGGAUUGGGCAUACAAGCCAGAGUCGAGCCCGGGCUCCAGACAGAUCCAGCUGUGGCACUUCAUCCUGGAGCUGCUGAGGAAGGAGGAGUACCACGACGUCAUCGCCUGGCAGGGAGACUAUGGAGAGUUUGUCAUCAAGGACCCGGACGAGGUGGCCCGCCUGUGGGGGGCCAGGAAGUGUAAACCCCAGAUGAACUAUGAUAAGCUCAGCCGAGCGCUAAGAUACUACUACAACAAGAGGAUCCUGCACAAGACCAAAGGGAAGAGAUUCACCUACAAGUUCAACUUCAACAAACUCGUGCUGGUUAACUACCCCUUCAUCGACAUGGGCACCGGUCGAGGAGUCCCUCAGAGUGCCCCUCCGGUACCAACAGGAGGCUCUCACUUCCGUUUCCCCCCCUCCACGCCCUCUGACAUCCUCUCCUCCAGCGAGGAGCUGCGCAGCCCCGGCAUGUUCAGCAGCGUGGCUCGCCGUAUGGCCCGCGGCUCUGUGAGCGACUGCAGCGACGGCACCUCCACCAACUCUGAGCUGGAGGAGGCUGUGGGAGCUGAAGAGCGAGGCGUGGGGCCAGAUAGGGGCUUCAGGGGCCUUCUGCCUCCCCGUCUGCCUCAUGAUUCUCUCUUCAGGGUCUACGGUGGGGCCCACAAUCCUGCUGGGCUCCCCAGACCUUCCCACAGAGUCCACCAAGAUCCUAUGUCUCCAUUCCCUGUGUCCCCCCUGCCUGGUCCUGGAGGUCUCCUGGCCCCAACUCUUUCCCCAGCCCUAUCCAUGACCCCCACCCCCCACCUCGCCUACACCCCAUCCCCCUCCAUGUCCUCCCCCAUGUUGGGCUCCCAUUUCUCCUUCAACCCGGAGGACAUGAAGCACUACCUGCAGGCUCACACCCAGUCCGUCUACAACUACCACCUCAGCCCCCGAGCCUUCCUCCACUACCCCAACAUCGUCAUCCCUCAGCCCCACCGCCCGUCCCUGGAGAAGUCGGCGGCCCAUCACCUCCACGGCCCACCCCUGCCGCUCUUACAUCCGCUGAGUCAGCAGCAAGGAGGCGGAGAGGAGGGGCAGCAGCAGCACCCGUCACCAUUCAAGUUCAAGCUGCAGCCGCCUCCAUUGGGGCGCAAACAGAGAGAUUCAGGGAGCUCAUUGGCUGCUUCUUCAUCCUCCUCCUCCAGCCAGUCAUCCCCGUUCAUAGGGUCUGCUCAUUUAAGCAACGCAGGGCCUCCAAAGAUUAAGGUGGAGCCCAUAUCAGAUAUUGAGUCAGAAGAAGAGGUGGAGGUGACCGACAUCAGCGAGGAGGAGGAGCUCAAUCACAUUGACGAUGAUGAAGGGGACAUCUUCACCCGGACAGCUCGUCACAAUCAUCAUCAGCUCAACAACCAUCACCGAGCUAACGGAAACAGGAUCAGGCUCUCUGCCCCUCCACAAACCAGCCCUGAGGAAGACCCUGACGAUGACGAGGAGGUCUUCAAGACUCCCGCAACUCCUAUCGGCAGCAGCGGCCUAGCCUUCCCUCUGCUCGCCCUGAAGAGCGAGCCGGGCCAGGCAUCUCCCAUCAGCCCCGGAGGCACGCGUUGCAUCCCGCUCAAACUUCGCUUCAAACGCCGCUGGAGCGAGGACCAGAAGAUGGAGGCUGACGGAGAGAGGGACGAGGCGGAGGACAAGAAAGUGAGGGCUGACGGAGAGGAGGUGGUGGAGGGGAAGAGAGAGGAGGUAGGCAGGAGAGGGGUGGAGAUGGAGAACGGGGGAGGACGAGGAGGAGGUGUUAUUUUGGGGUUGAUGCUACCGCCGCCUCCCACCCAGCGCAGAGCGAGCUCAGAGCUGCAGAGAGCUACAGCGCAGCUGUCUCUGGAAAACACGGGCUGCUGAGCUUCACGUGCACAUACAGGGGUGGAUGAAACCGAGACACAAACACAGCUCUCUGAAUCUUACACAAACACUUCAUAGAUUUACAUAGACCAUAAUGCCUUGUGGCUCCUAGUCCAGCAAACGUAAACAGAACAUGUUCUCGUCUGAAAAAGUGACAUUGAGUGAUAAUGAAAAUAUAAUUCAUUGUUCUUCAGUGUUUAUCUGAACAUGAUGAUGUAUCGUUGGAAGGUUUUGGGCACUUUUUACUGAUCAUCCAGCCCCAGCAGUUUCACGUGUUAUAGUAAGAGUAAAGAUCAGUGAUCAGACUUAAAGGUUUCCUUAAGCUCAUUCAGCUUUUAACCAACAGUCUCUGUUACCAUUAAACAUACGUUUCUUACUUGGUAACUGUAGUUUUCAAACAUUUUAAUACAAACAAACAAAAAUACCAGGAGCUUAGGCCUGGUGGGGUAAACUUUCUUGGUGGAAACCGUGAACUUCUUAAAUAACAGAAAUCUCAAUUUGUUCCCAACAUACAUCUACAUAUUCAAGAGAUAGUAAUGAACAAUAUGAAGGUGUUUUCACAGCCUGAACUCCUUUUUCUGGUGGUCUUCAAGAAGUCACUGGACAUGAUGGUCAAUAUAAAACUAUAAAAACAUGUGUGCCUAUGUAGCCUCUGUCCCACUGCAACAAAAGACACCAAAAGCUGCAGCAGAGAACCUGUGUAUUUACAUUGGACUCAAACUAAAUGAAUGAGUUCUUCAAAUCUUUUAGGAAGGGCCUUCUGAACGCCUCCUCGCUCUCAUCGUUCCAGUUAGGCCAUAAAACUCACACCUGUGUCUCCGCUUGCAUCUUUAGAGGUUCAAUUUGUUCAUCCGACGCAGUUAAACAAAUCCCCUUAAGAGUAAAAACUCGGUCUCACUUGUACAGUGGUGGAUUUGAUUAAUUUCCACCCCCACAUCUGGCCCACUUGAAGUUAGUGAGCCAUCCUCCUCCUCUUUCCCCCUCCAUUAUUUUCCUCAUCUGGACUCACACUUAACAGACAGACAGAUCCUAACGUUACUAAGAAACACUUUUACCAGCCCUGAUAGAGAUUACAGAAGUGCCUCUCUGUCUGCACCCAUCAGCAUGCAGUCACUUACAAGAUGGAGGGCAGUGAGAGGGAAUGAAAUGCUCCGAUGGAUCUUAAAGAGAUGAAGAGGAAUAUUUUUUUUCCCCCCUUUCAAGAGGUGAUUAGAAAGAACCCUCCAAUCAGUCUUUUCUCCCGGAAGCAGCUCGGACACCACGAGACGGCUUCAUCCUCAGCUCAUCACUACAGUGUAAAAAGACUUUGAACGAGGGAUCCUGAGAACAGUCCAACCAAGUCAUCAAGAUGAACUCUGACCUCUCACGUGGCAUUCAGAGACGUUUGAUAGCCGGAGAAUGUGACUUGGUUUUAAAUGUACAGAAGAAAAAAGAAAAAAAAAAAACAGCUGGCCCUCCGAGGAAAGUGCCAGAUUAUUUUGCUCCUUUUCUCAUCACUUGUAGAGGGAGUGAGGAAGCAGCUUCUCGUAAGGCUGUAAUUACACACACUUGUCUCUGGAUGUGUGUGUGUGUGUGUGUGUGUGUGUGGACCCAAAGCCUCGAGGAUGCAGAGAGCGUGACUUCGCACAAUCUUUGGAGGGGUAAUCGUCGUGUUUUUUUCUCCCUCGAACAAACAGAUCAACCGCUCUCUUCAUUCCCCUCUGUUUAUUUCAUCUUGUUCUUUUUGAUGCUCGUGCCUCGUACAGACUCGGACAGUAUUUUCUUUUUUUGGGGCAUUUGCAGUGAUCCUAGGACUUAUAAUCUGUCCAUGUGAUGUUUCAAGGAAGAAACGAGUGAUUGACUGUUUAGGGGAGCGUGUAACGAAUGUCGAGCAUCAAGGUUAACUCAGGCAAGCCGUCACUGAGAUAUCGAUAAACGACUUAUUUUUACUACAAUGUUUUAUUAAAUCUGUUUAACUAGAGAAAAAAAAGCCCAUUUUAACGAACAAAGAAAAUAUAAAAUUGUGCCUUUUUCUAAGCCAACCUGAGUUUUAUGAAUCAGCCCCAGCAAAAUGUUUGACACCAACACACAACCGACAUGCCUUCGUCUUUUUGUAAAAGAGAGAGAGAGAAAAAAAGUAAAUCUACACAUAUAUAUUUUAUUCAAAUAUAUAUUGAAUUCAAAUAUUAUAUUUCAAUAUGGUCAUUUGAUACAAAUCCGAGGAGAAUCCUGCUAUUUUUAACGGUAAAGAUGUGUAUAUAUUCUAACGGGCAUAUUAUUAUUAAUACCAGUAUAAUUCAGCCUUUGCCUUCUCACCCUUGCCUUCUCUCGACCGUUGAGCUGCAGCCACAAAAGCCCACCAGUGUCAGAGUUUUAUAUUUAUAUUGUUAAGAUAAAACAACAGUUAUUGUGCAUUCAGGGGAAGGAGGAUUUAAAAAAAAAACAACAACAACAACAGUCAAGUCAUCCUAACUUUGUCAGUAGGUGUGUUUGUCUAAGCGUACCUAGAGUCACAGCCGGGCGGGGUUUACAGAGUCACAGGUGAAUUACACUUUUUGUCAAUGAAAUAAUGAACCCCACCCGUCUGCAACAGUUUCACCCACGUGCUUAAAAAAAACGGUGGAGGCGCAGGAUGUAACGGGACCGUUCUCGUGUGUUCAGAGCAGACUGAUUCUGAUUGGACGACUCAGAUUCUCCUGAUAUGACUGGACUUUAGAUUGAGAGUGGACUCUGCACUCAGCUCCAACUCUGUGUGAUCAGAGUGCAUAUGGGCUUGCCUUAACCCUGCACACACACACACACACACACACACACACCAUCCUGGUUAGAGUGAGGCUUUACUGUGGCUAGAAUAAAGGGAAACAUGACAUCACACGUGACAUCACACGCCCCCACAGUCUCUCCGGAGUAGACGGCAAACCAUGGAGACUACGCACAUACACUAUUAAACACACAUUUACACACACACACACACACACACACACACACACUAUUAAACACAAUUACACAGAACACAUACUCACACACACACACAGAGGAAAUGACAUCACAAACCUCUGUGGAGAAAGAGGGACUUCCCAUAAUCUGACUCGAUCAUUUUGAGCUGCGUGUGUGUGCGAGUGUGUGGUUUCUAUGGUUACAGCCUUCCACACAUACACAAUUAUUGAAUACACUUUGUGCCAGAUAGUCUAAAGUCCCUGCCUCGGUCCUCAGACCAGCUCCAGUCUUGUGUGUGGAUUAAACACACACAGUCGUUUUGAAAAGGUUCUUUUUUUCUUUUUUUUUCUUUUUUUUUUACCAACUUUCUAAAAUCUGUCCUUGUGAUUGGCUUCUUCCUUCCGCUUCUUAUAUCAGUCAUCCAGCGUCAGCGGAGGUUACAUACAGAGCCUGGUGAAAAAACACUUGAGGAAACUUAAAAGACAUAGAUCAUCCACCACGUGUACCUGAACGUUACACCUGCGCUGCCUUACCUGUGGUGUUACUAUAACAAGAGAAUAACUGUUUCCCCGCUGGGUUGACAUCUCAGCCUUUGACUUAGUUCUGAUCCUUUUCUCCUCUACUUUUCAGACAUAUUACUGUUACUCUUGUAAUUAUUAUAUUAUUAACUUUUUGAUUCUUUUGUACCCUCUCGCUGCGGCCCGCUCUCUUCUUCAUGAACGACUGGUUUUUCUGUGAGUUUUUUGUUCCACUUUGCACUCUUUCCCAUGAACUUCAACCAGUUGGCUCCAGUGCAGUCUUUUCUUUUUCUUUUGUACUCACGCUGAUUUUAUAACCGUGUUAAAGAGGAGGGUCACGUAAUCCCCGCAUGAUAUACAGCAGGGGAAGAAACAUUUGUUUUCAUUUUUUGAUGUUGUGUAUAUAUUUUAUUUUUUUCAAUUUUUGGAGGAUUGUGUAAGAAAAAAGAGCUUUGUACUGUUUAACCAUGUAUUAUUUGUAAUGUUCUCUCUCUGUCUCUCCUCUCUCGUCCGCCUCGACGGUGAGCUGUCACUCCAGAGGAGGGGCGGAGACUUUUUGUUUUUAUCAUGGAGGAACCGCCUGUACUUCUGUUUCUCUUCUAUCUGUUCAUCUUCAUUUGUAAUUAAACAAUAAUCAGGGUUCAUUAAAAAAAGGUCAAAAUGGAA